CAAUAGUCCUUUGUUGAAGAAGGAACUCUCUUUUGAGUAAGGACUUAAGAAGUUCAAUAUUUUUGUAACUACUAAUUUAAUUGUAUCUAUUACUUUAAAAGGUGCUGCCACCUACGCUUACGCGCGAUAUUUUCAACAAUUGUUAGAUUGAAAUUUUGUGUUAAUUGAAAAACAGUAUUCCAUGAUACGAUUCUAACCUCCAUUUUGAUAUUCUUCCAUUAAUUCUUCAUGCAAGUGUAAACGUAUUACUUGGGUAUAUAAUUAUUAGUAAAACUUGACUAUGUUGGAGAGACUACGAAAUUCUUGUGGUUGGAGAGCUGGUGCAAAGCAAAUUUCAGUCGAUGCAAUGAUACCGAUAUUUGCGGUUCCAAUAUUGGCACUAAUAGCCGCACAAACAGUGCAAUGUACUAUAAUUAUAUUUGUUGCAACACCAAUAUUGGUGUAUUACUUACAUCAUAAUUUUCUGAGAUUUCUACUUCGCACAAAAUUUUUUUUCAUGUGGACAUGUACAAGUGUAAUCAUGUUGAUGCUGAUCUUUGAAAUAAGUGUUGUACCAUUAUUAGAGAUCUUACCAGAAGAGAAUCUAGUGUUUAUAAUAUGUGUUGUGGGCGGUACAUCGUGUGGCUAUGUGACUAAAGUAAAUGCAGAUUCUGUAGCUCAAGAAGGUACUUCAGCCCAAGGCUUAGAGCUUGGUGAAGGAAGUGGAGAACUUUGUAUUACAUGUAAGAGAAGAGCACCUCCUAAAGCGCAUCAUUGUCAAAUGUGUCAGACAUGUAUCCUGAAUAGAGAAUAUCACUGUAAAUGGUUGGACUGUUGUAUAGGUUCAAGCAAUUUAAAAUGGUACUUGGGAUGUUUAUUCUUCUCAGCUAUAGCUUUUAUUUAUGGUUCCAAUUUAACCAUGACUAGCGUAUGCCAUCCAUUUAUACUCAUUGGUACUAUUCUUAUGCCAGAUGAUUGCAGCGAUGUAUAUCAUCAAUUAGACCUUGCCCUUUGCUUCAUCUCGGCACUCUACAGUUUGCUUGUUGGGCUAGUAGUAGUUUUUUAUUUAAUAUAUCAUCUUUGGUUGAUUUACCUUGGUACCACAUCAAACGAACGGCGUCUCCUUGAAGCUGGAAGCCCAUAUGACCAUGGAAUGUUAAAAAAUGUAUUCCGAUUAUUUUGCUGCAAAACUUAGAUAUUAAAUGUAGCUUAGAUUAUUAAACUUACUUUUUAUGAAAGAUGACACUUUGUGCUAUACAAAGGAUACUAGAACAAUUGAAACAAAGAGGCCAAAACAUCAGGCAUAGCGGUAUGUGAAAGCAGAAGAUACCCUUUGAUAUUAAUUUCAAUGCACCUUAAUGUACUUUAAUACUCAUCCUUGUCCUUUUCCAGACAUUAAUUAUACUUUUAUUCUAUUAUUACGCACAUUAUUUGUAUAUUUAUUAUAACUGUGAUAAA